AUGGCUGUUUUUGGCGAUGAACAGCGGAUGAUGAUGUACGGUAAUAAUAUGAUAAGUAGUGGGGCUGCAGGUGCAGCUUUCCGAAACGCAUAUGGAAUGAACGAGUGGAAUGGAUGGAAUCAGAAUAUGCCGAUGAAUCAGAACAACGCAUUGUACGAUUUUCAACAACAAAACAACAUGCAAAUGCAAUAUCCGAAUCAAUACCCCAAUGUCAAUCCCUGGGCUAAUCAACAAUUACAACAGCAACAGUGCCAGCAACAGCAAAACCUAUGGUACAAUAAUUAUCAGAAUCCAACGGCUCAGUGGGGCAGUGCGCUGAACAGCAAUGCCGCAUGGAACACGAAUCAACAGAGCCAAUGGAUGGCACCAGCACAAUCCUACGCAACAAACCUCGCUGAUCCAAAUGCUUUCAAUCGUGUUAUUCCAUCGGCCGUCUCAUCGACUGCCACUGCUAUACCCACCUCGUCACGUUCGAAUUUAGUCCUUGGCAACGGAACUUCAGGCAAUCUAUGGGAGCACGCCCAUUGGCCGUCUUCAACUUAUAUACUCGAUGCACCGCACUAUGCUGGAAUCGGUCGAUGA